CCCUGACACUAAGGUCAUGGGGGUGUGGUUUGAGCUGGACAACGUUAAGGUGGCGUUUGAGAGCGUCGCGGGGAAGACGUUCUCCUACUACCCCAACCCCGAGCUGUUCGCUCUGAACAGAGACGACCCGGACACACCCUACCGCUUCAAACCUGGAGGGGUCAUCGCUGUAGAGGGUAAGGGCCUGACGCGUGCUAUGACCCGAGGGGAGGUGGUAGCCUGGCUGGGAGACAAGGAGUGUGAGGUCAAGACUCUGGACAGUACUCACCUGUACUGUGAACCUCCUGAGAAACAGCCAGCCAGUCUGGGGAACCACAAACUGCCCAGCCUCAGG